GAGCCUACAUGGGGGGCUGGUUACUUGGGGAAUGAUUUGCUAUUUCAUCGGAGCCCCAACGUUGCUAUGUUCCUAAUGGAUCCAGAAUACGCUAUCUGUAGUCAUUAUCCAGCGGAUGAACAAUGGCAGUUCCUUGACCAGCCAAUCAGCAAAGAGGAAUUCGAAAAGUUGGUCGUGCCUUCUGGAAGGAUUCAUGAGGUGGGAGUCGAGCUGUUAAGCCACAAAGAAAGCAUUUACACCAUCAAGGAUGCGGAUAACAUAGACAUGAUGUUUUACUCGCCUUCUUUGAAAAUACUGCGCGGUGGUCUAAAAGAUUCCUCGGGGAAAGAGCUCGAAGGACGAAAGUGGACGCAAGUAAUUCCCUGUGGGGUGAACAAAGUUAAACUAAGAGCGCAGUUUCCCACCCCCGGCAAAUUCAAGUUGUGUCUGUACGUAAGGGACGCAGAUUCAAAUAAUACGUGGCAACAUGGAAUAGAAUAUCUUAUCAACGCUGGUAAAGGCGUGGAAAAACGUCGAGGGGGAUUUCCUCGGAUAGGAAACGAAUUCUACGAAAUGGGAUUUUACCUUGAUCAUCCGUUCGAGAACGUCGUCUCGCAAGAUGGAAAAGCGUACAUCUCUAUAGAGAAUUACAACUCGCAGAUUUCAGGCGUCAGUGGCCAUUUAGAACUUGAAGGAAAAGACAAGAAACUUGAGAAAGAGUUUAACGGCUUUACGUUUUGUUGGACAGAAAAGACGAACAAAGGUUAUCAGGUUAAAGUUCAUUGCCCGGUUCCCGGCGAAUACUCUUUGAACAUAUUCGCAAAGCACACUGAGGAGGGACGUUCUAACACUUAUGUUUGUGGCUACUAUAUCACUGCACUCGCUGGCGUACGACCAGUCCCAGGCUUUCCUCGACUAUCCGAUCGCUUUGACGCUUGGGGUUUGGAGCUUAUGGAGCCCAGAGAGAACAUCCAUGUCCCGGAUGGACGCGCCUCUGUCAAGAUAAAGACCCCGAAUGAAAUUAUCUUCAGUGGCCACUUGAUGAAAGGAAGUCAAUAUUUAGACAACGGUUUGUGCUUUACUACGACGUCAGACGGCGUGAGUACAGUUUUUGUACACGCCCCAGAAACCGGCGAAUUUCAGCUCAACAUUUUUGGUAGAAAACCCGGCAGCAAAGAUAGUGAAUACCUGAGUUCGUUAGUCAUCAAGGCAGAUCAAGCAGCUAGCUUAAACCCAGGCUUCCCUUACCUCAAGGAUGAGUUCAAAGAGUGGGGACUGGAACUGGUCGAUCACUUCGAGAACAUUUUGUCCCACGAGAGUCACGUGACCGUAACACUUUCACACCCCAGUAACAUUUCUGUCCAGUUAUUCCUAUUUGAUGAGCACAACAAGCAGAUUGGUUAUUCUCUUCCAUCACAGACCGCUGACAACAAGACCACGAUAAGCUGUGAGCUGCCAAAGCCGGGAAGUUUUAAACUGAACAUUUUUGGUACAAAUUUGUCACUCGAAAGCACUAAACAAACCUAUCUCGGUUCAUACAAGGUUCUAUACCAACCUAAAUGA